GUGAUGUCAAUUUCGUGCGCACAGUUCGUGUGUGUGAGUUAUUUUGCGUGUGCGAUUUUAUCAAAGUUUUCAUGGUGUUAAAUGAAAUAAUAUAAUUAUUCUAAAUAGGCAUUAAUAGUUUAAAACUCUAGAAAGUUUAGUGUUUUAUAUAUUCAGUUUGGUUUGGUUCGAAGUAACCUAUAGGCCGUCGAAAUGGAAUCCAGCAGAGAUGCCAAGCGUAAAAAGGAUAAACAAGACGAUGAUGACUAUCACAAGGACAGAAAACAUAAAAGGAGGUCUAAAUCCAGAUCCCCCGCUCGGCAUCGCGAUAAAGAAUCCAGACGUAAGCGAAAAAAUUCUAAAUCUCGGUCGCCCGAAGUGCCCAUGAAACAGGAAAAGACUGCCAAUGAUUCAAAGGAUUCGGAAUCUAAACCAGCCAUCCCCGAGAGGAAGGCGAAGGAGACCGACAUGCUCAACACAAGGACCGGAGGCGCUUACAUCCCGCCAGCGCGGCUGCGAAUGAUGCAGGCACAGAUCACUGACAAGUCAUCUAUUGCGUAUCAGCGCCUUGCCUGGGAGGCUCUAAAGAAGUCCAUACAUGGGCACAUCAACAAAAUCAACGUCGGAAACAUCGGCAUCAUAAUAAAGGAACUAUUGAAAGAAAAUAUUGUUCGCGGGAGAGGUUUGCUGUGUCGUUCUGUAAUCCAGGCACAGGCCGCAUCCCCUACGUUUACGAACGUAUAUGCUGCUCUAGUAGCCGCAGUAAACUCGCGAUUCCCAAAUAUUGGGGAGUUGUUAUUGAAGAGGUUGGUUAUACAGUUCAAAAGAGGUUUCAAGCGGAAUGACAAACCAAUAUGCAUUUCUUCAGCUUCAUUUAUUGCUCAUUUAGUUAACCAGAGGGUGGCUCACGAAAUCCUAGCUUUAGAAUUGUUGACUCUGUUAGUGGAAUCUCCGACCGAUGAUUCUGUGGAAGUGGCGAUAGCCUUUCUGAAGGAAUGCGGUCAGAAAUUGACGGAGGUAUCAUCUAAAGGUGUGAAUGCGAUAUUUGAGAUGUUGAGGAAUAUUCUGCACGAGGGUCAGCUGGACAAGAGAGUGCAGUACAUGAUCGAGGUGAUGUUCCAAGUGUGGAAGGACGGCUUCAAGGACCACCCGGCGCUGAUCGAGGAGUUGGAGCUGGUGCCGGAGGAGGAGCAGUUCACCCAUCUGCUGAUGUUGGACGAUGCCACAGAUUCGCAAGAUAUUUUGAAUGUCUUCAAAUUUGAUGAGAAGUAUGAAGAAAAUGAGCAAAAAUACAAAACACUGAGCAAGGAGAUUCUUGGCUCGGACGCUGAGUCGGGAGAGGAGGAUGGCUCCGGGGAGAGCGGCAGCGAGGACUCCGAAGAGGACGAGGCCGAGGACGAACAGAAGCCAGUCACCAUCAUAGACAAUACGGAGACCAAUCUCGUCGCCCUGCGGAGAACAAUAUACCUUACCAUCAACUCCAGUUUGGACUUCGAGGAAUGUGCUCACAAACUCAUGAAAAUGCAGCUAAAACCUGGCCAAGAGGUAGAACUGUGUCACAUGUUCUUAGAUUGCUGUGCCGAGCAACGUACCUAUGAAAAGUUUUAUGGCCUGCUAGCGCAGAGGUUUUGCAAUAUCAACCGAAUAUACAUUGGCCCGUUUGAGGAAAUCUUUAAAGAUUCAUAUGGCACAGCUCACAGACUGGACACGAACAGACUGAGGAACGUUAGCAAGUUUUUUGCCCAUCUUCUCUUUACUGAUUCAAUAAGUUGGGAAGUCCUCGAGUGUGUCAAGUUGAAUGAAGAAGAUACGACGAGUUCCAGCCGUAUUUACAUCAAAAUUUUGUUCCAAGAAUUGGCAGAGUACAUGGGCUUGAAGAAACUGAACGACCGCCUCAAAGACCCGACACUCCAAGAAGCAUUUUUGGGUAUAUUCCCAAGAGACAACCCAAAGAACACAAGAUUCUCUAUCAACUUCUUCACAUCUAUUGGUUUGGGAGGACUGACGGAUGAAUUGCGUGAACACUUGAAACAAAUGCCAAAGAACGUUCCAGCCGCUGUGACGGAGAUCAAUGUGGACAGCGAGUCGUCCAGCUCCAGCAGCUCCAGCUCCGACUCGUCCAGUGACUCCAGCUCAAGUGAAUCAGAAGAUGAGGGAAACAAGCAAAGGAAAAAGAAAAAAGACAAGAACAAAGGAAAAUCAUCCAAAACAGAUGAAGAUUCGGAGCCUAAGAAAAACGAUACCGAACGGUGGGGCCACGACGGGUUUUAUGACACCUACGGCAAAGACGCGCGCCGCACUGAAAGCAGGCCCGAGAGAAAUGAACGAGACAGCGACAACUUCCUCAAACCGCGGGACGUGCCGAGGCGGAGGGAAGACGACAGAAGCAGGAAUGAUCGUAGAAACGAUGACAGGAGAAAGCCAGACGAAAGAAAUGGUCACGAUAGCUAUGAUAAUAGGAGGAAUCGCGACGACAAUAGACGCGAUUCGAAUCGCAGGCAAAAUGAUGAGCGCGAUGAAGAAGCUAGAAGUAGAAAUCGUGAAGAUGGUGACAGAAAGCGUGACAGGGACUCAGACCGGAGACAAAGUGAUGAAGAAUACGCUAGGAGAAGCCGUGAUGAUGCCAGUGACAGACGACGUGACAAAGAUACUGAACGUAGACAAAAUUCUGAUGAAGAAGUGAGCCGAGGAAAUCGGGAUGACAGAACACGUGAUAGAGACUCUGACCGUAGACAGAGAGAUGAGCGUAGUGAGGAAAGUAGUAGAAAAAAUCGAGAGGAUGAAAAUGACAGGCGACGCGACAAAAAUUAUGAUCGUGACGAAGAAGUUAAAAGAAAUCGCGAGAACGCAAGCGACAGGAGACGCGAUAAAGACUCUGACCGCAGGCAAAUUGUCGAGCGCGAAGAUGUGAAUAGUAAAAGGAAUCGAGAAGAUGGAAGCGAUAGGCGACGUGACAAGGACACAGACCGCCGUAAAAAUCAUGAUCGUGAUGAAGACAGUAGUAGAAAGUAUAGAGAAGAUAGUGGAGAAAUGCGUCAUGAUAGGGACCGUGAUGAUGCGAGUGACAGGAAGCGUGACAGAGAUAAUGAUCGUAGGGAAGUUGAUGAAAGCGACAGAAGCCGAGAAAGUAGGAAGGAUAAAAGACGUGACAGAGAUCUAGAACGCGAAGAAUACGAUGAUAAAAACGUAGGACGAAGAUACUAUGAAAGUCGACAUGAUGACGAAAGUCUCGAAUAUAAAAAAGAUAGGAGAAAUAAGAAAGAUUCUGGUUACGAAGAGCAGUCCAGAGAUAAAAAUGAAAAAAUAAAGUCAGAAGAUGACAGGUCGAGUGACGAUUCUGGAGAAAAGAGACAUAAAAAGCGAAAGCAAGCUGACAGUGACGAGGAGAAAACUAAGAAAAAGAAAGAUAGCCGAAAGAAAGAAUCAAAAAGUAAAAAGAAACACAAGAAGAAAGUAGAAUCUAGUUCAAGUGAGGAUGAUUCUUCAAGCAGCGACGAUUCAUCAAGUGAAGAAGAAUCUGUUAGUAGGAAAAAAGGCAAGAGCAAGGUUCGCCCGGAGGAUAGCGAUAAAGAGUUGGCAGAUGGAUGGGAUAUAAGAAGAAGAGCUAGCAUACAAAGGGAGCUUGGCAGUCGUUACUGGGCCAAGUAACUGAACUUUGUACAAAAUACUUGUGGUUUAUAAGCCCUGCGGUAAAAAUUACGUUAAUAAAAAUAAAAUAAAAAUAACGUUAAAGUACUAUCCACUACUGUGGUGACUGAGUUUCUUCCGCCACUUCCUCUCAGUACCAGCCCAUAUUAUGUUAUUCCGAAGUUGUGGUAGGCUUUGGGACGUGCGUAGGCGCCAUGGAAUGGGCCUAAGUACAUCAUCACAGUGUCAACAAAAUUAACGACACGUUUU